GCUACCUCACUUAACAUGAUCAAGACCGUCUGCAACUACUGUGAUUCUCAAGAAAGAAGAAACUUUCAUUUGACAAGAAUGAGACUUGAGAACAAGAAUCAGAAUCUUCUCUGCAGCUGGCCCACUGAUGCUGGACUCCAUUCGGCAGGAGCUGAUUUUGACAUGGUAGUAAAAACCUUCAUGGACAUGGACCAGGACUCGGAAGAUGAGAAACAGCAGUAUCUCCCUUUAGCCUUGCAUCUUGCAUCUGAAUUCUUCCUCAGGAAUCCCAACAAAGAUGUGCGUCUCCUUGUAGCAUGUUGCUUGGCUGAUAUAUUCCGAAUUUAUGCUCCAGAAGCGCCAUAUACAUCCCAUGAUAAACUUAAGGACAUAUUUUUGUUUAUUACAAGACAGUUAAAAGGCUUGGAGGACACUAAGAGCCCCCAGUUUAACCGAUACUUUUACUUAUUAGAGAAUUUAGCUUGGGUUAAAUCUUACAACAUCUGCUUUGAGUUGGAAGAUUGCAAUGAAAUUUUUAUUCAGCUUUUUAGGACUCUUUUUUCAGUCAUAAACAAUAGUCACAACCAGAAGGUACAAAUGCACAUGCUGGAUUUGAUGAGUUCUAUCAUCAUGGAGGGUGAUGGAGUAACUCAAGAGCUCCUGGACUCCAUUCUCAUUAACCUCAUUCCUGCACACAAGAACCUUAAUAAACAAGCAUUUGAUCUUGCAAAAGUCUUGUUGAAAAGGACUGUCCAGAUUAUUGAAGCAUGUAUCGCCAAUUUUUUUAACCAGGUUCUGGUACUGGGAAAGUCUUCAGUAAGUGACUUGUCAGAACACGUAUUUGAUCUGAUACAAGAGCUGUUUGCCAUAGAUCCUCAGUUAUUGCUGUCUGUCAUGCCACAGCUUGAGUUCAAACUGAAGAGUAAUGAUGGAGAAGAGCGCUUGGCUGUUGUUCGACUUCUGGCUAAACUAUUUGGCUCUAAAGAUUCUGAUCUGGCAACACAAAAUCGUCCUCUUUGGCAAUGCUUUCUUGGACGGUGAGAAAACAUACAGACCGACUUCAGAAUUUUUUCCUGAGAGGCGCUGUCACACUGCAUGAUCCAUCACAACAGACUAAUUAAGGAUUUAACAGAGUACUUGAAGGUUAGAUCACAUGACCCGGAAGAAGCCAUUCGACAUGAUGUCAUUGUUACAAUUAUAACGGCUGGGAAGAGAGACCUUUCUUUAGUCAAUGACCAGCUACUUGGCUUUGUAAGGGAAAGAACUCUAGAUAAACGGUGGCGAGUAAGAAAAGAAGCUAUGAUGGGGCUUGCCCAGCUAUACAAGAAGUAUUGUCUUCAUGCUGAGGCUGGCAAAGAUGCUGCAGAGAAAGUGAGCUGGAUAAAGGAUAAACUUUUGCACAUAUAUUAUCAGAAUAGCAUUGAUGACAAGUUACUGGUAGAGAAAAUCUUUGCCCAGUAUCUUGUCCCACACAAUUUGGAAACAGAAGAGAGAAUGAAAUGCUUGUAUUAUUUAUAUGCUAGCUUGGAUCCAAAUGCUGUCAAAGCACUGAAUGAGAUGUGGAAGUGCCAGAAUAUGCUUAGGAGUCAUGUACGAGAAUUAUUGGACUUGCAUAAGCAGCCCACUUCGGAAGCAAAUAGUAGUGCCAUGUUUGGAAAGCUGAUGACCAUAGCAAAAAACCUUCCAGAUCCCGGAAAAGCACAAGAUUUUGUGAAGAAAUUCAAUCAGGUUCUUGGGGAUGAUGAGAAACUUCGAUCUCAGCUCGAGUUGUUAAUCAGCCCUACAUGUUCAUGUAAACAGGCAGAUGUCUGUGUGCGGGAGAUAGCCCGGAAGCUUGCAAAUCCCAAGCAGCCAACAAAUCCUUUCCUGGAGAUGGUCAAAUUUCUUUUGGAAAGAAUUGCCCCGGUGCACAUUGACUCAGAAGCCAUUAGCGCACUAGUAAAGCUGAUGAAUAAAUCUAUAGAGGGGACAGCUGAUGAUGAAGAGGAGGGUGUAAGUCCUGAUACUGCUAUUCGUGCAGGACUUGAACUUCUCAAGGUUUUGUCUUUCACACAUCCUACCUCGUUCCACUCUGCAGAGACAUAUGAGUCUCUCCUUCAGUGCCUCAGGAUGGAAGAUGAUAAGGUAGCUGAGGCAGCUAUUCAGAUUUUCAGAAACACAGGCCACAAAAUAGAAACAGACCUGCCGCAGAUAAGAUCGACAUUAAUUCCUAUUUUGCAUCAGAAAGCAAAGAGAGGUACUCCUCACCAAGCAAAACAGGCUGUCCAUUGUAUACAUGCCAUUUUCUCAAAUAAAGAAGUGCAACUUGCGCAGAUCUUUGAGCCUCUUAGUAGAAGUUUGAAUGCUGAUGUUCCAGAGCAACUUAUAACUCCAUUAGUCUCUUUGGGCCACAUUUCUAUGUUAGCUCCAGACCAGUUUGCUUCUCCAAUGAAAUCUGUGGUUGCAAAUUUUAUCGUGAAAGAUCUCCUCAUGAAUGAUAGGUCAACAGGUGAGAAAAAUGGGAAAUUGUGGUCCCCAGAUGAAGAAGUUUCCCCAGAGGUUCUAGCAAAGGUGCAAGCAAUUAAACUUUUGGUACGCUGGCUCUUGGGUAUGAAAAACAACCAGUCUAAAUCUGCAAAUUCAACACUCCGGUUAUUAUCAGCUAUGUUGGUCAGUGAAGGAGACUUAACAGAACAGAAGAGAAUCAGUAAAUCAGAUAUGUCUCGUCUCCGACUGGCUGCUGGUAGUGCCAUAAUGAAGCUUGCACAGGAACCUUGUUACCAUGAAAUAAUUACCCCAGAGCAGUUCCAGCUCUGUGCUCUUGUCAUUAAUGAUGAGUGUUACCAAGUGAGACAGAUAUUUGCUCAGAAGCUGCACAAGGCACUUGUGAAGUUACUGCUCCCAUUGGAAUACAUGGCAAUCUUUGCCUUGUGUGCCAAAGACCCUGUGAAAGAGAGAAGAGCACAUGCCAGACAGUGUUUGCUCAAAAAUAUCAGUAUACGAAGAGAGUAUAUUAAGCAGAACCCUAUGGCUAAUGAAAAGCUGUUAUCUCUGCUGCCUGAAUAUGUGGUACCAUAUAUGAUUCAUUUACUGGCACACGAUCCAGAUUUCACAAAACCUCAGGAUGUCGAUCAGCUUCGUGAUCUCAAAGAGUGCCUGUGGUUCAUGCUUGAAGUUUUAAUGACAAAGAAUGAGAACAACAGCCAUGCCUUCAUGAAAAAAAUGGCAGAAAACAUCAAGCUUACCCGUGAUGCUCAGUCUCCUGAUGAGCCUAAGGCCAAUGAAAAACUCUACACAGUAUGUGAUGUAGCACUGUGUGUAAUCAACAGCAAGAGUGCUUUAUGUAAUGCAGAUUCACCAAAGGACCCCGUAUUGCCAACUAAAUUUUUUACGCAACCUGAAAAGGACUUCUGUAAUGACAGGAAUUAUAUUACAGAAGAGACAAGGGUUCUUCUUUUAACGGGAAAGCCAAAGCCAACUGGUGUAUUAGGUGCAGUAAAUAAACCAUUAUCUGCAACUGGAAGGAGACCUUAUAUUAGAAGCACAGGAUCAGAGACUGGAAGCAAUAUUAGUGUAAACUCAGAGCUGAGCUCUCCUGCAGGAAACAGAUCAAGGGAACAGAGUUCAGAUAUAUCAGAAACUGGGGUCAGCGAAAAUGAUGAAAAUCCAGUGAGGAUUAUUUCAGUCACGCCAGCAAAGACAGAACCUGUGAAAAACAAGGAGAUUCAUUCUGAUCAGGCUACACAAGGAAACAUUAGCACUGAACGUGGAAAAAAAAGAACGGCAGUGGCAGCUGGAUCAGAAAACAUUCAUCAAAAAACAGAAGAAAAAAAAGCAGAUGAAUCAGGACCACCAGCCCCUCCCAAACCUAGGAGAGGGCGUCCACCAAAGUCUGAAUCUCAGGGCACUACAGUAAAGAAUGAUGAAACAAACAAACCAUCUGGCAGGGGAAGGAAAAGGGCAGCAGUCAGUCAAGAGAGUUCAGGGAGUUUAGAGGCAGGUAAUGCCAAAGCACCAAAACAGCAAGACAUAGCAAAAAAAGCAGCACCAGCACAGAGACAAAUUGAUCUACAAAGAAGCCAGGUGCUGGGAAGUGAUGGAGAUUCACUGUUGGAGAUAGAAUCAAGUCCAGGAUAUUCAUCAAAUGAUAUGGAUCAUUUUAAAGCCUGUGAGAGCAGCCAGGAAGACAAUGAGGAUUCAGAGCUAGCAGAGGGAGGCUUCCUUAAGGUGCAGCAGGGAUUUUAUACAGGGCUGUUUUAAAUUUUUAUUGUAGUUUGUGCAGUAGGGAAGCAAGGAAUCCUAUUUUCCUGCUAUAAAAAUCACCUUUGAGUGUGAAACAUACUACAAAAUCUUAGCUUUUUAGACCAUAAGUAAUUAUUUGUGGCUAUCAGAAAAAGUAUUUGCUGAGUUACUUGCUUUUAGAUAAGAGUUCAAUUAUAGUCUUUUGUAGGCUUGAAUUCUUAAAGCAUUUGUUUUAAGUUACUCUCCCCAUUCUACUGUAUUAAUUCAGUCUGAUUCAACAAGAAAAAAUGCUAUUCAGUUAUGAAAAUGAAAGAAUAUAUCUGUCUUCAUUCAGGUUUCUGUAGCAUAGCUUUUGGUUAAAACAUGAAAAUACCCAGUAGGGAAAUGUAGACUUACUGAACCAUGCUGAGCUAGUUCAGAAAGAGAUACAAUAUAAUGCUGGAAGAUUAAAAGCACAAGUGAAGAGUCAAGCAUAUUGUAGAAACUUAAAUGUACACAUUGGUGAGGGCGGCUUUUAUGGUUCAG